UUGUUUCCUCUUUAGGCGUGUCUGACAGGCACAGAGCUUUCACUUCUGCGUGGCUGCUGCACUUUGCCCCAAACUCUGAGGUUGGAUGUUGGAGGCUGAAUCCUCCUGGAGAGAUGAGUUUCUACAGCGAUGCGUCCACUGAAGACAUGAGCGACGAGCUGGAGACAUUGGGGUGGUACCACUAUGACCUGUCCCGCCAUGCUGCAGAGGCCCUUCUCUUGUCCAAUGGGACUGAUGGAAGUUAUCUGCUGAGGAACAGUAAUGAGGGACCAGGCUGCUUCGCCCUGUCUGUCAGGGCAAAGGAUUCUGUCAAACAUUUUCACGUGACACGCAAAGACAACGGCUACGUGUUUGGGUUUAACGAGUUUGCAACCCUUCAUGACUUUGUCAACCACUUUGCUAACCAGCCUCUGCUGGGCAGUGACACAGGAACCCUCAUUGUGCUCAAGUGUCCGUACCCGUGGCGUGUGGAAGAGCCGUCCAUCUACGAGUCUGUGCGAGUUCACACAGCCAUACAAACGGGCCGCACGGAGAAUGAUCUGGUGCCGAAUGCCCCAUCGCUGGGCACAAAGGAAGGCUAUCUGGUGAAACAAGGAGCAAUUGUGAAGAACUGGAAACAGAGGUGGUUCACGCUCAACAGAUACGAACUCAAGUAUUUCAAAGACAAAGUGUGCGAGGAGCCCAUUCGAACCCUGGAUCUGAGAGCCUGCUCCGCAGUCCAGUUUGACUACUCUCAGGACAGAGUCAACUGUUUCUGCCUGGUGUUUCCUGAGCGAACAUUUUAUCUUUGUACAAAGACGGGUGUGGAGGCAGACGAGUGGAUCAAGAUCCUCCAGUGGAAACUGUCACAGAUCAGAAAAGGUCGAUGACUGCUGGCAGCGGAGACACUGGAGAUGGAAAGAAGCCCCGCCCUCAUGGAAUACGUCACAUCAGCUGGGCGAACGAUGAAGAACAGCAACGUUUUAAACUGAACAGUAAACUUUAGAAUACUGGGACACACGGACUGACUGCCGUAACAACACGGAUGUGACUCCACUUGGCUGUAUAUUUAUUUAGUACAAAGAUGCUUUAUUUCUCAUGAGUUGAACAGUUGCUUUCCUUUCAGCAUGAACAUUUACUUCAACAGUUAUUUAAAGGGGAUUGUAGCAUUGUUGGUGCGUCUCUCAGUACUUUCCCUGUCUGUGACUCUCCGCUGCUAGUGAGGAAAAACAGCUGGUCACUGUCACACUGUAUUUUGGAGAAUUUUCCUGAGUCAGAAUAAACUACAUUAACGAUGGCUAGGAAUAGACUGAUGAUCGGAUCCAAUAUUCUUCCAAUUUGAGGAAUUGUUAUUUUUCUAUAAUAAAAUAAAUGGAUUUAAUAAAUUA